CAAUACGCAGAGAGAAAAGCCUGCUGUCUCUCGCGGUGCUCAGGGUCGUGCGCGUGUCACCGUCUCACAGCAUAAAGGCGAGGUUCACAGCUUCAAAACUUGCGAUACAUGGCUUGGAGGAGGCAGCGGGCAGCCGCAGUCCGACGUGUGCUGAACACGGUCUGAACCCGAGCUGAAUGAAGCGAGUCCUCGUCUAGGCUGUUCCGAGCGCCGUGCUUUUCCCCCCUCCUUCCCUUUUCCAUUUCUAAUUUCCUUCUCGGUGAAAUCUGACACAUCAGCGGCUCGCUCGAGUUUGUAGACUGGUAGAUUUAUGCUAAUUGGCCCGCGUGCUUCGCGAUCGCAGGCGGUAUCAGAAGCAAACACACUCGGCUGAAAACUGUGGCGUUUUUAGAUGCCUUCAAGUUUGUGAGCGAGAGGGACAACCCCCGCCCCCCCCCCCCCUCCUCUUCCACCUCCUCCUCCAAACCCCGUUUUUUCACACGAGGGACAGACACACCGACAUCACCGCCAUCCUCUGCUGUAUGAAACGGAUCAGUGUCGGGAAGGAAACAAAAAAAGAAGUGGUCAAAGAUUUGACGGGAAUCAUGGCAGCUACUUUAUCAGCGGAGGAAGAGCAGGCUACCAGGCAGUUUCUGGAGGAAAUCAACAAGUGGACCAGUCAGCAUGGAGUGUCUCCGCUGUCCAGGGAAUUGGCCGUCAAGUUCCUCAUGGCUCGCAAGUUUGACGUCCUCCGAGCCAUCGAGCUGUUCCACAGUUACAGGGAAACGCGUCUUAAAGAAGGAAUUGUCAGACUUCAGCCUCAGGAGGAGCCUCUGCGGUCCGAGCUGCUCAGUGGAAAGUUCACUGUGUUGAGUGUACGAGACCCUUCAGGGGCCUCCAUCGCCUUGUACACAGCCAAACUGCAUCACCCCAACAAGACAGGCAACCAUGUGGUGCUUCAGGCCCUCUUCUACCUCCUGGAUCGGGCUGUGGAAAGCUUCGAGACUCAGAGGAAUGGCUUAGUGUUCAUCUAUGACAUGGCAGGCUCCAACUACACAAACUUUGAGCUGGACCUCAGCAAGAAGAUUCUCAACUUGCUCAAGGGGGCAUUCCCUGCCAGGCUGAAGAAGGUGCUGAUCGUAGGUGCCCCGGUGUGGUUUCGAGUGCCCUACAAUCUGCUCAGCCUGCUUCUCAAGGAGAAACUGAGGGAGAGGGUUCAGAUGGUAAAAAUGGCCGAGCUGCGCCAGCACCUCCCCAGAGACUGUCUGCCUCAGCACCUUGGUGGCCUGCUGCCUCUGGACGCGUACAGCUGGAACCAGCAGCUACUGGCGGGCCAGAAUGGCAGAAUAGACCCUGUGGAUGAAUUGGUGGGCAUCCCCUUUGAAGAUGCCUCCAUUCACGUCCCUGGACCAGAGUCCAUGCGCCCGCAGGAGCUGCUGACGCACCUCGGCAGGCUACAGCGCACGGGCAUCCAUCAGGAGUAUGAGGAGCUACGCAAAGAAGCACCACCCGGAACCUUCCACUGUGCACAAGCAGCCUACAAUCAGGAGAAGAAUCGCUACGGCGACGUGUUGUGCCUUGAUCAGACGAGAGUUCGUUUGAAACCCAGAAAGAAUGAGAGAUCAGACUACAUCAAUGCGAGUUUCAUGGACGGCUACAAACAGAAGAAUGCCUACAUUGGUACUCAAGGACCACUAGACAGGACCUACGGUGAUUUCUGGAGGAUGGUUUGGGAACAAAAUGUCCUUGUUAUUGUCAUGACAACCAGGACCGACGAAGGCAGUCGGAGAAAGUGUGGGCAGUACUGGCCUCUGGAGGAAGGUGGACAGGAGGUCUAUGGCCACAUAGCAGUAGUGAACCAGAGGGUGGACCGCCACAGCCACUACAACCACACCACUCUUGAACUGCACAACACUGAGACAUGUGAACAGAGACAAGUGAGUCAUUUCCAGUACCUCAGCUGGCCCGACUACGGCGUCCCCACCUCAGCAGUGACUCUGAUUGACUUCCUGGGAGCUGUGAAGAGACAACAGAGAAAAAUGGUCAAGGCUCUGGGAUCUCAGUGGACAGGCCACCCGCUGGGACCGCCAAUGGUGGUCCACUGUAGUGCAGGGAUUGGGAGAACAGGUACCUUCUGUGCCCUGGACAUCUGUCUGUCCCAGCUACAGGACGUAGGCUCACUUAACGUGUGCCAGACAGUGCACCGCAUGAGAACACAGAGGGCCUUCAGCAUUCAAACCCCAGACCAGUACUACUUCUGCUACAAUGCCAUUUUGGAACACGCCCAAAGACAGGGCCUCAUCCCAGCCAAUCAGUGAGCUUCAGCCAUGACCUUCCAAACCAUCCAUGAGCCCUGUGAUUCCUGCAGUCAAGUCUGUUAGCUCCAAGCCAUGUUUUGUGAUCAGUUAGCCCAGGAACUGUAACUUCCUCACAGAUGCUGUCUUUACAAAAGAUAAAAAUAAAAACUAGGCCAUAGCUUUUUGGCAGACCAAGACUGUGAUGAUAAAAGGCUUGAUUGUUGACAUAGUGUUUUUAAUGAUGACGUUUCUGGCAAUGUGACGUUUUGGUUUAUUUGCUGAACAUGUCUCCAAAAAUGCACGUCAUUGUGGAGAAACUGCUCAGCGCAGCACAGUGGUGUUACAUGCGUGAGAUCAGGUCCAAGUUUUGGUUUUUUUUGCUUUUUUUUUUCCCCAAAAGUACUUUAUCCCAUUGAACCUUUUAACAUGGACACACAGUCCAAAAAACUGCUCUUUCAUUUUCCUUAACUGCUGCUGUAGUGUUUCAUAAGUGUUUCUUUGCCAUAAUAAAUGCCACCUCGGAUGAGACGGAACUGUGGCUGCCAUCUUGUUUCAUGUGUUCUUGGACAAAUUGUUCUCAGUGCGGUUGGGAAAAAUUGGGGUAAAAUUGCUUGAACCAUUACCAUGGCUGUUCACUUUGGAAGCGUGUCUAUGUUGAGUAACGGUGUGUCGUGAUAAAUGUUUGAGCUUUGGGAGAGUCAGAUUGGGAUAUUUUUCCACCACUGUCCUUUCUCACAUGUAGACCUGAGGGGGGUGCUUAUACCACUGGAACUGCGGUUUAGGCAUGCAGAGCGUGCUUUAGGUAGAUGCAGCGGGAAAACUGAUUAUGCUUUUUCACUGACUUUCUAAUUGGGAGCCGGCAGGCUGAAGACCGACUAAUGACCGAUUUGGCUGCAGACGUCGUAGGUGAAAACGGCAAUGGAUGGUACGAGCUACUUUUGCAUAGUCUCAGGAGUGUCAUACCAAACACAAAGUGAAACCACAGUCAGGAUAGAAGCAGUUUCAUUCCAUCAAUGUAUUCUCCUCCAGCCCAAAUAAGUAAAGCACAUCCAAAAUGAAUCCUCUCAAAUCCCAAAUGGCAUCAUUCAUUUCAGUCCAUGAUCGUGCCUUUUUUUUUUUUUUCUUCUUCUUGUUUUUCCCCCCUUGAUAUUUAGCAGAAGGACCCUUUCUGCUAAAUAUGGAGUCAUGGCAGCUUCGCUUAUAGUGAGAUGGGCCAUUGAGCUUUCGUUAUUGUGGGAAUGUAUUCCUAAGCCCCCCACAUGCAUCCUCACACACUUGCUUAGAGCAGCCCAUGCUGCAGUUACUAUGCCAUUUAAGCAUGCAUCUGUACAUCAGUUAAGACCUCAUGAGUAGUGCAAUACUUUUUUCUUUAAAAAAACAAACAAAAACAUGUCUUAGCACUUUGAAAUAACUAUUCCCAACAUGCUCUGAGAUUGGUCGUUAUGGCAACGGGAUUGGGGGAGGAAAAACUUAAUUAUUUUGCUCUACACGUGAUGCUGGGAUAACUUGAUUGUUAUUGUAAAUUUGGUGACGCUUAAAUAUAAACAAUUUACUGUAAAAUGAAUACAAAUCUGCAUAGU